ACCGGCCGCUGUCCUCACGCCGUCCUGCGCUACCGCCUGACACGCUCCGGGCCCGCUCGUCACGCCACGGGCCUCCACGUCUGCACACAGCUGGGAAACAAUGGACCCAUGAACUUUGAGUCACUUGACACAACUUUCCACGUUAACGGAGUUUUUUUUAACGUGUCAUCAAGGAUUGUAACUUUUUUUUAAACAGGGAAAAGGUGUCACCCAAAAAAAGUGUUAAAGUGCGAGUAGCUCAUCCAGUUCCUCUCAGUGUUUCUUUGUGGGGAUGUUGAGCUCUGUGAAGAUGGAAGCCCACGACCUACCUGAGUGGAAUACUUUCUACAGCGAGGCCAGCGAGAUGUAUUCCUCGCCUAGCAGCAUGAACUCCGCCCUGGCUUCCGUCAGCUCCAUGGGCCCCAUCAACAGUUACAUCAACCUCAACCCGACGGGCGGCGGCAGUGGCGGCAGCCUGAACAUGGCGUACCCCGGCUCGGGCCUCAGCACAUCCCCACUGACCUCCAUGGGUUCGGGCCCGGCCCACAUGCCACUGUCACCGGUAGCGCCCUCCCUGGGCUCGGGCUCACUCACCCAAUUGGGCCCGAGCGCCACCCAGGGCUCCCUGUCCCACUACGGGAACAUGGGCCAGUCGAUGAGCCAACUGGGCUACCCGUCGGGCGCCUCUCUAGGCCGCGCCGCGCCCAAGGAGAUCCCGCCCAAGCCGUACCGCCGCUCGCUGACACACGCCAAGCCGCCCUACUCAUACAUUUCGCUCAUCACGAUGGCCAUCCAGCAGAGUGGCAGCAAGAUGCUCACCCUCAACGAGAUCUACCAGUGGAUCAUGGACUUGUUCCCAUACUACCGGGAGAACCAGCAGCGUUGGCAGAACUCCAUCCGCCACUCGCUGUCCUUCAACGAUUGCUUCGUCAAGGUGGCCCGCUCGCCCGACAAACCGGGCAAAGGCUCCUACUGGACUCUGCACCCACAGUCGGGUAACAUGUUUGAGAAUGGUUGCUACCUACGACGCCAGAAACGCUUCAAAAUCGACGACAAGGUAUCCAAAAAAGCGGCAAAGGAGGGUGGUAAGGCGGGCGACCGCAGCCCGGCGGGCGGAGGCUCGGACGAAGCUGACUCGGCCCACUCGGACAACUCCCACCCGGGUUCGUCCGACGACCAGUCAAUACCCCGCGGGACCGCCGGGAACGCCUUGCUGGUGCCACUCGACUGCCCACCGCCGCCUCCCGCCCCUACCGCCAUGCCACCCACCUCCUCGGCUGCCAUCUUCCACUCCCAGUCCUCCCACCUCCUACCCAGCCCGAUGGGGCCGCACAUGGACCUACAGAGCGACGCCCUCAAGUCCCUGGACCCCCACUACAACUUCAACCACCCCUUCUCCAUCACCAACCUCAUGUCCAAUGAGCAGAAGAUGGACCUCAAGUCCUACCAGGACCAGGUGAUGGCGUACAACAGCUAUGCCACUAGCGGCUCACCUGUGGCCGCCAAGCAGAUCUACGACAGCCCCGGACCGGCAGCCAUGGACUCUGGUGCCUACUACCAGACUCUCUACAGCCGCUCCGUGCUCAACGCAUCGUAAUCUAACACAAUACAAGAUGGAAGCUUGCUGAACAGACUCUAAAAUGGCCAACGUGUACGCAAAGCCAUCUGAGCCUCUUUUCCAUAUCCUUGAGAUCCAUUUUAAUGUCCGUGUACUAGUAUGUUCAUGAGCAUCGCUAGGAAGACAAUUUAACCCCUGGAAGAAUGAUUGUGUCUUACUCAUCAUGUUUUUCUCCAUGACUUGCGUCCUCCCAGUACGUAAUGAAACCUUACUCGUAAACUACUUAGCUGAACAGUAACACUAGGACGCCCAACUGGACAAUUCAGCGCCCAAUUAGAAUAUAUAAAGAAAAUGGAAUGCAUGCUCAAAUGCAGUUUGAGAAUUUAUUCCACAUCCUUGAGAUCCAUCUUCAGGUCCAUGUACAAGUACCCUCUUUUGCACACAAGUAGAAUCCUGUCUUCACGAGUAACGUUAUUUCCCGCUACUGUCUGAUAAGAAAUGCUCUUUCCACUACUUGUGUCACUUUUGAUCUCCGAGUAUGCAAUGAAAUCUUACCGGUGGCCAUUACAACGCCCAACUCAUCGGCAUGCGGCAUACAAUAGUAGACUCCUUAUCAAGGUUUUAUUCCAUAUCGUAUUGCCUCCCAUAUCCUACUUGUGGAGGCAAUGAGCAUACGAGUCGAUGAACUUGAUGCUGGUUAUCAUGGACCUGGGAUAAAUGCUCAGACGGCUUUCCCUAGCCACAUUACGAAGGACCACAUGUUUUUCUUUCCCCCUAUGGAGACUCUCUGGUUACAUCCAACGAUGAAGAUGAUGACAACGAUGAAGAUACAUUUUGUACAAAGUGUAAAUAGCGGGAAUGUGUGCGUAUGCGUGAGUGUGUAAAAUGGGUAUUUGCAUUUAUUUAUAAAGGGAAUAAAUUUUAAUAUAUCUUAUAUUCUGCUUUGUCCAAACAGUUACAAACAUGUGCUUCAGGUGUUACUUUCACGCUUCAUGUUACAAAAGCCUGUUUUCAUCACAUUCCGUACCGCUUGCCCCUUUUUCGUUUUAAUCUGGAAUAAGUGAUGUUCUGGAAUGAUUGAAUAUUCUGGGAUGCCAAAUGUUAUGGGACACAGACAUUCUAGUGUGGAAAGGUUUUAGAAUAGGUAUGUUCUGGAAUAAAAAAAUAUUAUGGGGCAGGAAUAUCCUGGCGGAGAAAAAUACCAGAACUGUAAUAUUCUGAAAUUAAGGGAUAUUCGGGAAUAAGAAAUGUUCUAAAAUUGGGAAUAUUCUGGUCUGGAAAAAAUGUAAAAUAGAAAUGGUCUGGAAUAUGGGGAUGUUCAGGAAUAGGAACGUUCUAAAAUAAGGAAUGUUAUGAGAGGGUAAUAUUCUGGUGUGGGAGAGGUCUUGAAUAUGACUGUUCUCGAUAGUGCCCUGGGAUAAGCAUUGCUUGGAAAUAGGAAUGUGUUGUCGAAUUUGGGGAUGUUCUGACAAAAUGAAUGUUCUGGUAUGGGACACAGCUAGAAUAGGAAUGUUCAAGAUUCUGUUCGGGGAAUGUUCUGGAAUAGUAUAAAGUUCCUGAAUGAAUGACUACUCUGGAAUAAGGAAUGUUAUGGGAAUAUUUUGGAACACACGUUUCAGAAUAAAUAACUAUUCUGAAUUAGGCACACAAAUGUUCUGGUACAUCCAAAAUCUGGAAUAGGAAUAAAAAUGUUCUGGAAUAUGGGGAUGUUCUGGAAUUGUAAUGUUCCACAAUAAAUUACAACUCUGGGAAAAAAGGAAUGUUAUGGGACACGCAUGUUCUGGUAUGACAACAUUCUAGAAUAGGAAUGUUCUUAAAUAUGAAUAUUGUGGAAAAUGGAAGGUUUGAGAAAGGAAAUAGAUGGACUAUGGGGACAUUUAGUGAGAGUUUUCGACGAGAACACCAUUCAGAAUAGAUGACUAUCGUGGAAUAAGAAAUAUGGGACGAGAAUGUUCUGGUAUGGAAAAAUGCGUGAAUGGAAAGGUUCUGGGGUACAAAUAUUCUCGAAUGAGGAGUGUUUGGGAAGAUCAAGGUUGUUUUGGAAAAUGGGGAUGUUUAGAGGAGGGAGGCAAAGCAAACUGUGGUAAAGACUUUCAAACAACACAUUUAAUUUCCCCCUUGUUACCUGUUUGAGUGGGUUGGCUUGGACCAGGCCAGUCGUCGAGGCGAGUGUGUGUGUGUGUGUGUGUUUGUGUGAAGCUAGUUACUAAUACGAGAAGAGAGGAGAGAUGCACUAUGGGAGAUUUACAUACAGUACUUUGCACUAUGGAGCUCCCACUGGCCAGGUGGGCUGAUAGUGUGCGUGUGUGCGUGCGUGUGUGUGUGUGUGUGUGUGUUACAAUACUGAGCGGGGCGAUCUCUGAGUUUAGCCAAACGUGUCACAUUGCGGUCCAAAAGUGCCUUUUCCCCCCUCUUUUUCAACAAAGUGAAGGAUGAUAAAAGUUCAGGUCACAUGACGGAUGACAAAUUGUCAUAUUUAAGCUAUGUGGUCGCUUUUUGUUUUCACAAACUGCUUCUUUUUUUUAACUGUGUGUCCUUUUAAUAUAUUGUUUAUUCUUCUCAAUGUGAUGGCCAUCAUUCAUAUUUCUUAAUAAAAAAAGGUUUAAAUGGGAAAAA